AUGCAGCAAGAGCAAGGGCUGUUCAUGGGCACCGUCGCCGCCAACUCUCCGCACACUCCGCACACUUUCCCAACUCUCGAUGAGCUGGUGGCGGCUAUCUCGCCGCGCAUCCACGGACAACCCUCGCGCGCCAAUUCCUGGCCAUCGAUGCUCUUGUUGCUGCUCACGCCGCGCUAUGCACAGCAGGCCCUGUCGCCCGAGCUCGCGACGAGCGUCUUGCAGCGCUUCCCCCCCAACUCGAACCCCACCCGCUCCAAACCACUCGAUGCCAUCACCGCAGUCGUUGACCGCCUGCCCAUCCCAGGAGGACCUCUGGAAGGCGUAGAGGGCUUGGCUUAUGCCUUUGUCACGAAUCCAUCUCCUCUCUACUCUUCCUCGCAGCUUCCCCUCCGGCCAGAUGCGCAGAAGCCGGGCUUCCUCGCAUUCGAGAACCCGUGGGCAGCGGACAUUAUCGACAGCACUAACAUACAGGUGCCCCUGGCUCACACAAUCUUCGCCAACGGUCUGCCUUCAACUCUCCUCCAUACGCGAUUUCAAUUCGAUCCACUCACUGGUCUGCUGCAGAAAUCGGCGUCGCAGCGUCUGGAAUCCCAGACCGUGCGCAUGUCCUCUUCCAUCGUCAAUGGAUUUCCCCAUGUCCAGCAUCAGUUGGAGCCUUUGACUCCCUUUCGAAAAGUUCGCGCGUGCAUGGGAAACAUCAUUCGCAGUUUGUCACCCAACGAAUGGGGGGUGGACCAAGCAAAGUCGAGUGUCGAUGAAUCGAUGCAGGACACGACUGCAACACCGGAGUCAACUGGGACUCGUGUCGCGACCCCAGCAGACUCUUUACCCGCGUCUCAAGAAUUGGAGGCGGCAGUUUCCAACUAUUUCCAGUACAACAACCUCGCGCCUGAACCUGUUCAGGUAUGGGCCCUGAUCAUACCCAACGAGCGGCACGUGAGGAGGAUCCGACCUGGUACACUGAGCAUGACUCAUCCAAAAAGGCAUUUGUUGGUGUUUCCUCGCUGGAACCGAGAGUUUCGUCCAUUGAUCGACACCGCUAUCUGGCAAUUUCUCAAAGACGGGGCUCGACUUCAUCGGGUGCUCUCUGGGGGAGGCGGAUGGGGCAAGAAGGCUGGUUUGCUGAGCCUAGACCCGGACAUCAAAUACGACACCCGGCAAUUGCGGGACGAGAAGGAUUGGCAUUUCAAUUUCGACGUUGAAGACCCUGCUUUCGCAAUUCAACAGCAUCAAAAGGAGGCUCUUGGUGACAUUAUUCGGCCAGGCGAGGGCGUCAUGUUCCUUCUGGCAAAGAGAGGCCUCACUGAAACACGCCUGCCUGAUCUGCUUCCAAAGUGUUUUGACGGAGCCCUUGUGUUCGGUACCAUCCCAUCUAGUGUCGACGAACUUCCGCAGGGGAGUUUGAAGCAGGAGUCUCGGAAUGAGGUCGAUCGGCUGCAGCCCAAACAUUUCCGGAAUUAUUUUGGAGCAUUGUCCGAGACUGGCCUGGCUCUCCAAAGCCUGGCAGAGUCCAAAACCCUCACGCAAACGAAACUCGACAUUCCCUGGAGCUUACUUGUACUGCCUACCGGAAACUUGGGACGCACUGAAGACGCAGGACCUAGAACCACGGAAAGGCCUAUCAAGGGGUCUAAUUUCUUCAGGUUGAGGGGAAAGAAAGAGUUCUACGUCAGGCCCUCUGCUUUCACAACACCAGGACACAGGCAGUCAAGGAUGACUAAGCCGAUUGCAAGCCUCGAUCUUGAAACGGCCUGGGAGACAGAAAAAAAGGGGCACUGA